AUUAGGUAAAGUUAUGAAGGAAGUAUUGAACACAAGAAAUUCAUAAUCAAAUGAGAUAGAUUUGCAAUAUAGCAGUUCGGUAAUAGGUAAUGGUUGGAGCAGCGAUGCAUCUCUGCAUUCUCAUGUCUAGGACCUAAUUAAUUACUGAGAUAACAUUGGUUGACCAUGUCAAGCUUGCUCCCUUCUCUUCCCCUGUAGCAAACAGAGUGGUCGUUGCUGAUACAAUAUGCAGAAAGCUUAGGCCAGCUUUUUUUCUCUUGAUGGUCAGUUGAAGUUUUUGUAUUUUGGUGUGUAUAACAACGACUUGCUGUUCUACGAUAUGAUGUGAUGCUGGAUUAUCUCAAUAGACAGGGAAGAAAAGCAUGGUUAUAGUACUGUGGUGCUUUUACCCGCAUGUUACCAACAAUGUUCUGCUGAAUAGCAAUUACAUUUUCCCUUUUUGCUUGUAAAUGUUACAGGAGGACUUAAAGAGGGUGUGAAUAUUGGUGGACAGAAAUUUGCUUCCUUUAUUUUAUGUCGUUUUCUUCAUUGUAAGAUCUCUAUCUUAUUGCUGAAGUUCCCUUGAUUGUAGGACUUUGUCAGAUCACCAGACUGUAGUGCAAUGGAUAGAUACGGUUUUUGUUGAGCGUUCUUUAGCCAGUUACCAUAAAACAAUGGUUGCAAAUUUGUUGUUACUUGCAUGAGUUUACCUUUUCUUUAUCACAAGUGAUCCUAACCGAUGCACAGGGUCUGUUGCGCGCUUUACUUGAUAACUCCUCCAUUUCUCCCAGACUCAAUUCAGUGCGACUGUUUUAUGGGUGGUAAACAUUUGGCCUCAAAGGCGUUGUCUCUGCUUCUUUUUUGUGAAUACUCUUCCGUUUCCAGGAUUUUCUUACAGACUAAUAUAUGACAAAUUCGUUGACAGCAUAAUCAUAUCUUAAUUACUAUUAUUUGGAAACAAUAUUAGAACAAAAAUAAUUAUCCUGUUUUUACAAGGUCAGAAAAAGAUAUGGUAGUAUUGUAAAAAAAAAAAUAAGUAUGCAGCAAGUUGCUCAGAUGUUGUAGAUGAAAAAUUAAGAUAAGAUGCCCUUGCUUCAGUUUUGCACUAAUGGAAAAGGAAGCAUGGAGACAUGAUGGUGCUCUACUUGUUGAGCUAGGCAGGCACCUUGAAUGAGCACUUGGUAUCCUUUUCCAGGAUCACAUUAGUGGCCAUCAAAAGACACAUUCCUCUUCAAGUUACUAAAGAAAGCACACCAUGUCUGGGAAUUGCUCGUGUUCUGUAAAGCUACAACAUACAGCACAGGAAAAUACCCAAUGGGCCAUGGAAGCCCAAAUUCUCAGCCUCUCUCCUUCUUCUCCACUUACUCCUUCCUUCCUCUCUACCCUCUCUAAACCCCAACCAAGUCGAUCAAAUAUUAAACUCCCCAUUUUCAAUUCCACUUAUUUCUUCUUCUUCUUCUUCUUCUUCUUCUUCUUUUAAUGGCAACUUCACUAAUUACCAAAACCCUAAAUUCAAUAAAGAACCCCAGACUCCUAUCUCCACUCUCAUCGUCCGUCACCCACCACUUCACCACCGCUGCCACCGCCGCCCAAUCUGACGGUCCAUCUUCCCCCUUCACCUUCACCGACACCGCCACUUCCACCAAUAAUAGCAUACACAUGAAAACCCCAAAUCCUGAUGCGAGAGGUGAAGCAACGUCUUUUUCAUCUUCAUCAGUUACAAUGCCAAUGUCGUUUAUGACAGGGUCAAUUGUGGGCAAAAGAUUUUAUAAGAAAGUAACUACAAGAGAAGCUGAUGAUGGGAUUGGAUACACAGUGAUGCUUGAUUAUAGGACACUUAAAACACCUUCUAAAAAGCCUCUAAAGUUGCCUACUUUAUCUCUUGCUAAAGCUAUUGCUGCUGAAUGGGAUUGUCAGCAAACAGAUGGAAUUAGGCCUUUUACAAUGCCUCUUAUGAAACUUGCUUGUACUGCAUUGGAGAGAGUUCCACUUACGCGGCUAAAGAUUAUUGAAAACUUGAUGAAGAAAUUCAAUCAAGAUUUAGUUUUCUGUCGUGCUCCAGAGGAUAAUGAUCUCACCAGUGGUGUCUAUGAACGGCAGGUGGAGAAAAUUGAUCCCUUGCUUGAUUGGGUGAAAUCAGAGUUUGGCUUUAAGCCAGUUGUGUACUCAAGUUUUUUUGGUGGCAAGCAAGAGGAAGGUUUGGUGAAGGCAAUAGAGGACCUUCUAAAGAAAACUGACAACUGUGAAUUGGCAGCAAUUGAUGCAAUUGCAGCAUCUGCCCAUUCUUUAGUAAUUGCUAUUGGAAUCGUUCGUGGAAAAUUAGAUAUUGAGGAAGCCAUUCAGUUGAUUAGACUUGAAGAAGAUUUGCAGGUUGACAGGUGGGGCUUAGUUGAAGGUGGUCAUGAUAUAGAUAUUGCUGAUCUGAGGGUACAAAUAUCAUCUGCUGCUGUGUUCCUCGGUCUUUCAAGGACUUGAACUUUGUCUACCAUUGAUGGUCAUAGAUUUCAUCCCAACAUCCUGCUUUUAUGAGUGUUUGUAUUUUUAAUUGUAGAUCACAGAAUAUAUCUAAUGUUUGAGUUUUUAUGAGAAUAGUCAGUUCAUUGCUAAGAUAAAACUGUCAUAAUAAUUGAAUUCAAAACUUGAAAUGCAUUUUUGCUUAUACAAUCAACAGAAUUCAUAGUGAAA